AGGUGAUAGGGUGAUAUGUGUAAGUGGUGUGAAUAGUUUGCGAGUGAUCAUGAUUGUUGGGAGUCUCCAAAUAGAUUCAGUCGUAAAAUUGUCGCGAAGCGCACAACCCGUAUAAGAUACUACUUACUCUAAACCCACAAAUCAUGGCAGACACCAAAACAGAAAGCCUGGUCCUCGAACCAGGCACGGUCAUCAAACCCAUCAUUACUCACGAAGAGGUGAAACUACUAGUGGAACGACUGUACGGAAUAUCUGUGCUGGAGCUGGAAGAACUCAAUGGCUAUGAUGACAAGAACUACAAGAUUAUUGAAGACCCUAAUGUCAAGAAUCCUCUGAUCACCAACCACUCGACUGAAGGCUACGUCUUGAAGAUCAUGAAUUCUAUGGAUUCUCAGAAUUUGAGCGUCGUCGAAGCCCAGAAUGAAAUCAUGAACUUUAUCACGGCCCGCUCCAUCACCUGCCCGCGGCCGAUCCGCAACAUCUUCGGGCACCUCUACUCCAUCGAGCGCCUCGGGGAGCGCAGCCACGCCGUGAGGCUCCUGGAGUACGUCCCCGGCACUCUGCUGAAGGAUGUCCAGGCCAGUGACGCGUUGUUGUACCAGCUGGGGGAGUUUGUGGCUAAUCUGGAUAAUAAACUGCAGAACUUCAACCACUCGGGGCUGGUCACCCGCGAGCACAUCUGGAUGCUGUCGAAGGUUCCAGAGCUGGAAAAGUUCAAGUACGUCAUCAAGGAUGCAGAGAAAUUGGAUCUGGUUGAAGAGGUAAUAGAGGAGUACAAGUACGCAGUGGUUCCCAACUACGACGAACUCGAGAAGGGAGUCAUCCACGGAGACAUUAACGAAAUGAACAUCCUUGUUGAAAAGAACCCGGCCGGCAAAACCGAGUACCGCAUAGCCGGGGUCCUUGACUUCGGCGACAUCCAGUACUCGUACCUGGUGUUCGAGCUGGCCAUCUCCAUGACCUACAUGAUGCUGGUGACGGGCGAGGUGCGGAGCGGGGGGGUGGUGCUGGCUGGAUACUCUAUUAACAGGAGGUUGCCUGCACAGGAUUUGAGGCUGCUGAAGACCCUGAUAUCAGCUCGUCUGGUCCAAAGCCUGAUCCUCGGUGCCUACUCCAUAGAACAAGACCCCAACAACAAAUACGUCACAUCGACUGAAAGGGCCAACGGCUGGGACCUUCUGAAGAAGCUGAGGAAGACCAAGUAUUCUGCUGAUGAACAGGACCCGACCGACUGGCAGACCAUCGCUAACGAGUACUUGACUAGGAGUUAAAGUUAAACUGGAUUUAAAGUUCACGAUAACUGCCACAUUAGGUAUUUAAUGAUGGUCGUUUUUGAUGACGUUAUGAGUUUCGGUUUAGUAUUGUCAUUUUAAAGUUUCAGUAUUAAAUAGGUACUAUAACAGUCGAUAUAUUUAUUGAAUGUGUGUAAAGUAAAUAUGAUAACUUAAAUAAAUCGCAUUAUUUUUUCAAUAUUUAUCAAUGAUUAGGUAAGUAAAUAAAUAAGUACAAAAAUUGUGCAAUUACUUUUAUCCGUCAAUUUCCUAUAAGUAAGUAAUGUAUUAUAAAUUACAUAAUUACUAUUGUACAUAAAUAUCUAACAUGUUAUUAAAAUUUGUUAUAUAUACCUAUCUUAUUGAUCUUUUACAUAGAUGGAAUGCUAAUAAUGAUAUACUUACGUAAUAUACCUAAAUAUAAUCUUUGCUUUAACAGUUAGUAACGUAUUAUGUAAAUCUAGGUUUAGUGUUCGAUAAUAAUAAAUAAAGACUGUUACAAAGUA